GGAGGAGGAGGAGGAGAGGGGGGGCUCAGCCGGUCUCUCCUCCCUCUGCUGCAGCGGCCAUGCUGCUCACCGCCUCUCGCCUCGGUGCAUCCCGGUCCUCCGACGGUGUAGCUUGACCCCCGGUCCUCCCCCCUCGGUGCUCCCUUCUCCCUUCUCCCUCAACCCCGGUACGUCUCCGGGUCCCGGACCGGAUCGCAGCGCUCUCCGCCCGCCGCCUCGGAACACCGGCCCCGCGGGGCGCAGGAGGAGGAGGAGGAGAAAGGGCUCCAUAGCAACACAACCGGUUCCGCGGCAUAAUCGUGACAGAACCGAACCAUCAGGUGUGCAGCCGAAGGUCACCGCGAGGGCACGUUCAAAUCCUCCGCCACGAGUCCGCCUGAAGCUCUGCCUAAAGCUCCGCCGGAUCCCCCCCCCGGAUUAAAGCAUGAAUUCAAUGGCCACUCAUGCACGUAGUAUUAAAAGGAACUUUUGGAUUUAAGCCUCCAGAGGGACACUGGAGACACGUCUGCUACCUCCUCACCGACAUUCCACCUGAGCUGACCAGAGGCCUGCUCUUCUCCUCACACCUGGACCAGUAGAAGGGAGUACAAACACAUCUGGCCACUAGAGGUUCUACAUACAGGGAUAAGUUGGUCCUGGGUGGAAGAUGUGUCGCUUGUAGCGGGGACUUGGUUCAGAAUCGCCUCACCAUGUCGCUGAGCAAGACCCUGGAGCUGGAGCACUUCGACGAGCGCGACAAGGUCCGCCGGGGUCGCUCCACCCGCACCAAGAGGGACGACUCCGCCGGCGGGUCCGGGCCCAGCUCCCGAGGCAGCAGCCUGGUGCCGAGCCCCGCCCACAGCGCCAACUGCAGCUACUACCGGACCCGGACCCUGCAGGCGCUCACCUCGGAGAAACGGGCCAAGAAGGUCCGCUUCUAUCGCAACGGGGACCGGUACUUCAAGGGGCUGGUGUAUGCCGUCUCCGGGGACCGGUUCCGCUCCUACGACGCGCUGCUGAUGGAGCUCACGCGCUCUCUGGCCGACAACCUGCACCUGCCGCAGGGGGUGAGGACCAUCUACACCGUAGACGGCGGCAAGAAGAUCACCAGCAUGGACGAGCUGGGGGAAGGCGAGUGCUACGUCUGUGCCUCCAACGAGCCUUACCGGAAACUCGACUACACCAAGAUCUCCACCCAGAGCUGGAAGCCGGGAGCCGGGGCCGCCACCUCGGGUCGGCCAUCCACGGCGUCCGCGGGGGUGUCGGCGAGCGCCGCCCCCGCCGCCUCCUCCUCCUCUUCCUCCUCCAGAGAUCGCCCGGAGGGCCGCGAGGGCAAAGACUUCAUCAAACCCAAACUGGUGACGGUGAUCCGCAGCGGCGUGAAGCCCCGCAAGGCGGUGAGGAUCCUCCUGAACAAGAAGACGGCGCACUCCUUCCACCAGGUGCUGGCCGACAUCACGGCGGCCAUCAAGCUGGACUCCGGCGCCGUGAAGAGGCUGUACACGCUGGAUGGGAAACAGCUGACCUCUCUGCAGGACUUCUUCGGGGACGAUGACGUGUUCAUGGCCUGUGGACCGGAGAAGUUCCGCUACGCUCAAGACGACUUUGUGCUCACGCAGAGCAGCAAGUCACCGGCUUUUGUUAAUGAGUGCAGAGUCAAGGCGCCUCGCCCUGCCGUCCUUCCCAAAACUACAACUCCCAAGACCCCUAGUGGCUCCAGCCUGUCGUCCACUAAGACCCCACCCAAAGGCCUCUGCAGGACCAAGUCCCCCGGUCCAGCCAAUGAGGUGUCGGGAUCGCAGUCAGCUGGGAAGUCGGCCAGGUCAAGCCCCUCCCCCACCAGCCCCGGGACACCGUGCAGCCUGAAGGUUUCUCCUCGCCGAGCUUCCUCCACCGACCUGAACGGAGAGGCGGAGCCAACCGGCGCCGACGUGCUGGAAGUGAAUGGGAACCGCUCCGUCUCCUCCUCCAUCAUCACAGACAAGUACAAAGUUGGGAAAGUGAUCGGAGACGGAAACUUUGCGGUGGUGAAGGAGUGUGUCGAGAAGUCGACAGGACACGAGUACGCUCUGAAGAUCAUCGAUAAAGCCCGCUGCUGUGGGAAGGAGCACCUGAUAGAGAACGAGGUGGCGGUGCUGAGGAGGGUUCGUCAUCCCAGCAUCAUCCAGCUGAUCGAGGUGGAUGAAACUCCCAGUCAGCUGUUCCUGGUGAUGGAGCUCGUUAAGGGCGGCGACCUUUUCGACGCCAUCACCUCGUCCACCAAGUACAGCGAGCGGGACUCCAGCGCGAUGGUGUUCAACCUGUCGGGGGCCGUGAAGUACCUCCACCGCAUGAACAUUGUGCACCGGGACAUCAAGCCGGAGAACCUGCUGGUGUGCGAGUACCGUGACGGCACCAAGUCCCUGAAGCUGGGGGACUUCGGCCUGGCGACGGUGGUGGACGGGCCGCUCUACACCGUGUGCGGCACGCCGACCUACGUCGCCCCGGAGAUCAUCGCAGAGACCGGCUACGGUCUGAAGGUGGACAUCUGGGCGGCCGGAGUGAUCACCUACAUCCUGCUGUGUGGGUUCCCUCCCUUCAGAAGUGAGAACAACGUCCAGGAGGAGCUGUUCGACCAGAUCCUCAGAGGGAAGCUGGAGUUUCCGUCUCCGGACUGGGACACCAUCAGCCUCCCGGCCAAGAUGCUGAUCAGCCAGAUGCUGCAGGUGAACGUGGACGCUCGAUUCACGGCCGAGGAGGUCCUGUCCCACCCGUGGGUGACGGACGAGGCUCCGCUGGAUCCAAUCACCGGUGAAGACGCACUGGAUCCAGAGUUGGAAUCGCCAACGCUGGAAACCAGACCGGUUCCUUCUCCUCUGGUUUAAAACAAGGCGGUCUUCCAUCAACCUGAAACCAAACAACUUUGUUCAACCUGAAAAUCCCCCAAAAAGCCUUUCCCCACCUGUGGUCCAGACUCACCCAGCAGACCAGACCAGUUCCCCUAAAUCUGAACCAGAACAACAAAGUUAUAAUAAUAAUCUGGUCCAGGAUCAGUCCUUCUGGAGAUGUGACACGUUCCUCGUCACGUUCUUUCACUUAAAAAAAACAAGGAGUUUGCCUCCUUCUCAUCCUUUCAUCCACCAUAAACCAAAUGCGCUUCAAGGUUCCUCCCCUUCGGUCUAGGAGGUGUCUCCUUCUGGAAUGGGACCAAACAGAUUUCUCAUCCCUGAGUUCGUCCCGUUUCAUCUACUGGAAGUAUUUAACUUGAGUAUUGCUCAAGAGUUCCUCAUGUUUCACCAUAUACUUUGCUCACCUGGCCUGGAAUUUCACCCGUUAACCAAACAAGUAUGGAACCCUGAGGAUUAGUAUUGGAAUGAGUUACCACCACAAGGUCCAGAACACAUCCUGGUUCCUCUCCUGGAGACCCAACGAGGCCCCCGGCCUCCAGUCAGUGUGACACAUGAUGAGUUCCCCUCUUCUAGGUCCAUUUUCAUCCGCUCAAACUUCUCCGCAGCUCCUUCCGAUCUCCUGGAAACCGUCCUCGCCUUGGGACUGGACUUCCCUCCUCAAGACCUUCUCAAGCUCCGUGCCUGCUGCUGUACCGGAGAGUGUUCACUUCCUCCUUCGAUGAGCGCCGAGGCGCCACCUCGCUACUUGAAGGACGCUCACCACGUCCCCACUGCGGAACACCUCCAGGCUCUUGGGCCCUCGGCCGAUGGCCCCGCUCCGCUCUCACAGGGAUAUUAGCAUUAGCUCGUUUUCCGGGUCGCCGCCCGGCGAGCCGGACGUCUUCCAGUGCUUCUGGGGAGCGUCCCACUUAUCUUGCCUUUCACCCUCCGGCUGAUCCGGAGGACGGUUCUCCUCCUCCUUCCUUCACUUGGAGACGUUGUAGGACUGUGCCUGUUGACGCUGCUGAUGCCCCCCCCCCCCCCCAUAGGUCACUCCUCAUUGGCUGCUGAGCCCAACGACGCCCAAUGUUUUUUUGUGUUUUUUGCCAACAUACCUUGAUGGAUUUAAAAGGGAAGUUUGAUAUUGGUAUAAAGUGUCAUUCCCUGUAGAACCCAUCGAUGUUCCCCAGGAAACGGUGAAAGGUGUAAAUCCCCACUAAGUCUUAUCGCUAAGGUAACACGCCUCGUCUCCGUGGAGCUGAAGGGCACUUCCUGUCACCCGUCAUCAGCCUUCUCACUGUAACUCAAAACGAACCCAGCGACGUCUAAACCUCACAAUCAAAAAACGACAAUGACAACGUUUAACUACCGUUAAAGGGUUCUAGCCGCGACCGAGGUAAAGGGGGCGUGUUUUAGCUCAAGCCCCGCCUCCUGCUCCUGCCUGCAGUUGUCGGAGGAUGCAAUACGCUGUAAAUACUGUGAAUAUCUGUUGGUGUCUGUGUGAUUUGUUGUAGGGACCCGUAGCAGUGUUGAAACAAAGAAGAAAUUAAAAGACGGCAUCCUCCAAAAACCUUGUCAGUAGAAGUAGAAAAGAGUCGUGAAAUCACGUAAAGCACUUGAUUUCAUGACUAAUAUGACAUUUGGCAAGGAUUUGUCCUUUUUACUUUACAUCACAUUUAACUGCUGACAAACAUGACAUCAAGCUUUUCGUUCUUAAAAGACACUAAAAUGAACUCGCAAGUCCAUCUUUUUAAUGUCUCUUGCAUCAUUUUGGCUCCGUAUUAAAAAGGAGGCUGUUGACAAAGUUCGAGUCGGGGCUCCUCAAAGAUCCGGUGGUAACCGUUGCCUAGCAACAAAAAAGCCUGCACGAAGACGGGUCUCUUUCCUUGUUCGUUCAACCGUCCUCCAUCAAUCACGUCGCUGCAUCCACACAAGACCAAACGGUCACAGUGUGUGUUUGUGUGUGUGUUUAUGUGUGUGUGUGUUAAUGUGUGUGUGUGUCAUGUUCAAACUUGAAAGGAAUCAUGUGGAACGUACGAUUCUCAGUGUUUACUGUGUCUGGAUCAAAACAAAAAAACGAAUGUUAUCUGAAUAGACGUGAUGCCGUGUCAGGACCUUACCGUGACCUUUGACCUUUCCAUGGCCUUGACCUCUUUUUUGCCGCCGUGCCCUAACCCUCCUUUGCAUGAACUCACAGUAUUAAUUCAAUGUUUUUAUAAAGGUAGAAUUCACUCAGAUUGACUCCAUUGGGACACUAAUUCCCAGAAAUCCCAGGCAGAGGUAGUAGGCCAGGCCCUGUGUGUGUGUGUGUGUGUGUGAUCAUUUCACAUCAUGCCUCAUCUUAGACAGGAACCGAUUCUUUUUUUAUGAAGUAGAGAAGUUAGGAUUGUUGAGCUUCUUUCCCUUAAAGCACCUCUGCAGUCGACCUCCGUCCAGCUCAAAUUGAUGAAACUUAUUUUCAGGACGGAUGCUUAGAACAUUAAAAACGUCCCUUUGAGGAAUCCAAUCAGCUGUUUGAGGUGCUUUGAGGAAAACCAAAGCGGAAGGUAAAAGAGACGUCUCUUUAAUGCAAGCGAUGAUCCGUGUCCGUAUGUACACGGUAUGAACAUGUAUGUGUUAUGAUGCACGCUGGGAUCACGAUGGAUGCAUUCAACUGUGAGAAUAAAAACGGAUGCAGUGGCAUCGUGUUUA